CCAACCCUAUAUGCUUCUUCAUCCAAAACAUUCAUACAUACGUUCAUUACCAUCUUCUCUUCCUUCAGAAAUCUCUCCCCUUAUACAUAAAAUACACCCGACUACGCAAACAAAACAUCAUGAAAGCCUUCAAGGUUUUUCUUGUGCUUGCCAUGCUAAUGGCUUUAGCCAUUACUCUCUCUGCAAUACCGGACCAAGAAGAAUCGUUCUUGGACAAGGAAAAUAACGAUACAGAUGAUGCAACCGAAAGCAUGCAGUCAGAAAAAACUACUUCUCUUACCGGAAGAAGCCGCUUCCUUGCCUCCCGGGCCGCUGUGCCCACAUGCGACAAAUACCCUAGAGUUUGUCGGGCGACGGGCAGCGCAGGGCGAGAUUGCUGCAAGAAGAAAUGCGUGGAUACGAACACGGACAGAGUAAACUGUGGCAUGUGUGGGAAGAAAUGCAAGUACGGGGAGACAUGCUGCAAAGGCAAGUGUGUGAACCCUAGGUCUGACAAGAAAAAUUGUGGGAGCUGCAACAACAAGUGCAAGAAAGGCAGUUCAUGUGUCUAUGGGAUGUGCAGCUAUGCAUGAUAAUUAUGAUGUCUUCAUGAUGCCAUCAGCAGAUAAAUUAUUCUACUCGAUCUAUAUAUUGCAAUGAGUGUUUGGGGGGUACAACUAUACUUGAAAUUCUUCCGGUUACCAACUGGUGGAGGCUUAGCCAAUUAAUUAUUGUUUAUUAUUAAUUGAUUAUUUCUUUUAUUACAAUGUACCUAAAGAAUACGUAAUUUGUUAGAGAAGGAGGAUCCGACCCGGAUUCAGUUUCCUCUUAGGGUUAGUAUUGUGUUUCCUUGUUCUUGUGUGCUUCGUAAUUUUAGUAUGUUAAGAAAUCUUGCUUUGUACACCAAGUUACUAUUUUAAUAAAUUACAAUUAUUAAAUUCUCUCA